AUCUUGCUAACGAGAGAGAAUAAAAAAGUUCCUGUGAGAUGCUUUGUGACGCAAAGUGACAGGUUAUAUUGAUGGUUGCCUCAGAUAGAGAUCAUAUAUCAUGAGUGCUGAAUGAGCCGGGACUUGGUGCACAGGCAAAUACGCGCACACUCGAUCUCCUACAGAUGAAUCUCUUGCUGACAGCGGCAGGGUGUGUGCUUCUUCUUCACAAUGUGUCUUAAAGCCUGGAGAUCAUUUGUUUUCUGAACAGACCAGCCUGGACAUGCUGCUCAAACAAUGUAUCUCAGAGAUGUUCAUCCCAACUUUUUACACCGGCAUUGACAUUCCGAAGUCGAGCAGGAUUCUAGACGCGACUGACGUUCGGCUUAAACAUGAUAAUGUUCGAUGCACGAUAUGUGUCUUGCAGAGCAGAAGCCGUCUUCGGAGGCUCGAUGGAAGCUCGACAUGAUGGCGUGCGCGGCAGCCGCUCUUUUAGCCCUGCUCCUGAGUUAUCUGGCAUCGUCUGAAGGUGCUCUGUCUCCUCCGCUCAACCUGAGUGUGGAGUUGCUGGACUUCAAGGCAUUGGCUCGAUGGCUUCCCGGACCAGGGAACCCAAAAGGAACCAGAUACUCCCUCAAGUUUAUAGACAUUAGCCAUUUCUCCACGUCAGCAUGGAAUCAAACCAGAGAUUGCACGAAUAUCACCUUGACCCAAUGCUACCUGAUCCUCAACCAGACAAUUCAGACGGAGUAUUUUGUGAAAGUCAAGGCAGAAUGGAAGGAAGAGCGGUCGAACUGGACGUUCCUGCCGCGUAGCUUCCAGCCAUAUGAAUACACUUUUCUGAGUGCUCCAAACAUGAUCGUGUCUACUGUACAAAAUUCCAUAUGGAUUAACCUCAGCCAUCCAGUCCAAUCACUCAUGGAAGUGCGGAUGAAAUUCUCUGUUGACCUUUUUCAAAUGACCUCUAAAAACACAACAGAGCAUAUUGCACAGAAUAUAACUGCAAGGUCUUCCCGCUUUGUGAAUCUGCCAUCUGGGAAGUACUGCAUCAAUGCUUCUGCUUUCCUUACAGCGAGGUGCAAACGCAACAACAAUGCCACCAGUUGUGUUAUUCUGCAUCAAGACCACAGAGAAAGAAAAGAUUGGGUGGUAAUGGUGGGUGUCUUUCUACUGCUGUCCAUUCCUGCUGUGAUUGGUUUGAUUGGGAUGUACUGCUACGUGAUGGCGUUUAGGAACGGCGACAUUCACAUACCUCUGCAUUUUACAGAAGGAACUGUCCAAAUACUGAACACUGAGGAACUCCAUAUUUUUCCAAUUUCAUUGAUGUUCACAGAUGUAUGCCAGGUGGCUGCACAUCAGGAAAUGGAUGGGAACUCAUCUCAGGGCUACUAUGGGAACUCGCCUCAGCACUACUCUGGGAUCCCAUCACAGGGCUACUCUGGGAUCUCAGCACAGGGCAACGAUGGUGUAAUCAGAAGAAAAGAUCAGAACGUGCCUCCAGUCCCUGAUUUUUAUAGCACAGCUGAGAAGAUGGAAGAAACCGAUGAAUAUCCGACACAGACGGAACAUCAUGCUUAUGGCUUGCCACCAAGAACCUCAUUCUCAGGCGCGAGUCUACCAACUGACCAAAAUGUGGAGAUCGAGAAUAUUUUAAACUUGGAACUAGACAAGUCUGAAGAAGAAAACAUACUGACCUCUUUGUAUUCUUUUGAGCAAACAGACUCAUAUGAAGGAGAGACGGACAGCAUAGCUUCUGAUUAUCUUUUCAAUAGCAACUAUGAGCCCAGGCCUGACCCGGCCUUGAUGUUGAGCAACCAAUUUAGGUCACAACAUUAAACAGUGACGUGAACAAUGUUCAUGGUGCUUCUUUUGUGCUCAUCUGCACAACCCAGCUCAAGUAUGUACAUUUGGGUGGAACACUCGGGUGGUUUAAUAGAACAUUUGGAGAGCAGACAACAAUUCUGCGAGCAAAACAAUUUGGAUUUAAUUAACUGUCACAUUUUCUAUAGAUGAUUGAUGACUAAUGAAGAACACAGACAUAGGUAUGUAGUUACUGAGUGUAACUAGUUACGUGCACCAGAACAUUUCAUUCAUACGGAAGUGAUUUAUAGCCAACAUACCGUACAGAAGUAGCUUUUGAAUUUAGGCUACUCUACAAUUCUGGUCAUGGCCUAAACAUUUUAGUGCUUUCCUCACAUUAACAAUCCCUAUACAACUCCAUAAAUGCUGCUAAGGAUAUAAUUAUGGAAAACGCUAAAAUGUGCAGGACAGGUUUCUUAUUUCUUAAAGGGUUUCUUAUUGACCAGGGUUUGGAACAUGUAUAGAAUGUUAUUAUGAAGGAAUGAGAACACUUUACUAAAAA